AUGCCCAUGAAAGAGCUAUCAGUGGGCGUGCCGGCGGCCGGGGCCCCGCUGCUGGGGCCGGCCUCUGCCUGCGGUCAGCCACCGCCGGCGCACGGCUGGACCCACCUCCUGCACGCCACACAAGGGUUCACGUACUCGGGCCAUCUGUCACCGCUGAUGACGUCAUCCAUCAGUCCAGAAAGGUCGACCAACCGGCUCAAUGGCCGCUCAAAAGCGUGCCGGCGGUCUGCCGAGCCGACCACCAGUCCGCCGGCCAGCCCGCACGCCCCGCCCCCGGCGGGCGGCGGCCAAUCAGCCCCCGAGUCGGCCGGCGCGGGGCGGAGCCUGCCCGCCGACGCGACGGCGGCCGCCGCCGCGCCGGCCGCCGCAGUGCAAGCCGAGAAAGCCGGUGGGGCGGCGCAGGGAGGCGCCGAAAGCGACACCGAAACUCGCCGUGACCUCGUGCAACUGGCGCCCGCUGACCGGCGCCCGUGGACGGAGGCUGCGAUCGCCUGCCGCGCGCGAAAUUUUCCUGGCGGUGAGGUUCGGUCGCUCGCGCGCGACGACGCGCUGAAGAGGGCGCGGCCGACGCCGCUGUUUCGCCCGUACAGUGAUAACCUGGUGCGCGCGCGGGGCCCGGUGAGCGGUGACGAGCGCGAACGCGAACGCGCAAACGAGAACAGUGUUGCGCUCUGUCUGCGAGUGCGACCAGACUCGCCGCCGCCGACAGCAGAGGAAGGACGGAGCGCUGCUGGCGAGGGAGCGCGACCUCCGAUCAGAGCAGAUUCAGUCUGCAGCGACCGCCUGAGUGAGGAGCGGUCGACGGGCGGUGACAUCUCUGGAGACGUUUCCGAACCUGCUGGGUACAGUGACAUCUGUGGAGCGACUGUUGAACCAGCGGGCUGCUGCCGAACGCGGCCGCUGAACCAGACAUGGGGCCGGUGCCAGGAGUGGUACAGGCGGCGGCGGCGGCGGCCGUGCCCCUCCAGUGACGUCACCCAGCCGGCCGACCGUGACGUCACGCCGGAGCGGAUGAUCUCCAUCAGCGGACUGAGCCCGUUCGCGGCGGCGCCGGCCGGCGGCGAGCCGGCGCCGGCCGAGCCGGGCCGGCCCGGGGCGGCUCAGGCCGGCUCCCGCGCCGUGCUGCCCGCCACAGCGCCCAGUGGAAAGCUUGUGGGCAUCGCCAAGGCCAGGCAGCGCGAGCCCGAACCCUGCACCAGCCAAGCGACCGUGCUGACAUCUAUCGCCGGCCGCCUCAACCUGCCAGGGUUCACAGCUCCCAGUGUGUGGGCGGGCGCCGGUCGGGACAUGGGCGUGGCCGGCUGGAGCAUGGGCGGUCCGACGGCGCCUGGCCCCGCCCACCUGCCGCCGCCUCCCUCCGUCUGGCUGGGCCAGACCACGCCCUACGCAGCGACGCCGCUGUUCACCGGCUAUCCGCAGAGCUACCAGCUGCACAGCGACCCCACCACCGGCCACUGGAUGCUGGUGCCUCGCACUGUUGCAGAGCCGGCGCCGCGGCCGGCCGUGCUGUGGUCUCCGUAUCAGUGUAUGCCGCCACUACAGUCCCAGCAGCUGACGGUCCUGCCAUCCCAGCCGCCGCAGCUAUACAUCCAGCAGUCGCCCACGGAGCAGGCGCCGCUGCUGACAUCUACCGGCAACCAUAGCCUGAAGAAGGAGGACCCAACGAGCCGCCUGAAGCCCAUUCAGCCGGCGCCGGCCCACGUGCCGGCGUCGCCGAGCAGUGCGCCGCCCCUGCCCGUCCAGUACAUAAUCCCGGCGGCGCCGCUCCAGUCGGUGUACUACACGCACGCCGAGCCGCCCGCUCCCUUCAUCCUGCAGCCGGCGCCGGCGCCGCCGCAGCCGUCACCGCAGCAGCUGGCGCCGAGCCUACACGCCGCCGUGCCGUCCGCGCCCGGCGUGCACACCAUGGCCACCGUCGGACAGCUGCCGAUCCUACCGCACGUGCCGCUGGUGGCGCCGGAGCCGCCGCCGGCGCCGCUCUGA